AUGUCCCAACUCUCCCUCUUCUCCCUCUUCUCCCCCAGAGGUGAUCAUGCAGUUAUACAGAGUGCACUUGAGAUUUACAGAAAAAGCCUGAAGUUUGUCAAACAGCAACAGUACCACCAUCGGUUCCAGCCAAAUGUGCUGGGCCAAUUAAGCUUCACUACCUCUUUGCCCUCGCCUCCAUCCCUCAACAAGCCCUCAACUCAUCCCAACCUAAUUGGUCUCAGAAUACACCAGUCUUGCCCUAGACUGGAUUGGUUCGUCAGUUUUCUGUACGCACCGGCCUACCGCCGUGGCUUCGGCCCUGGUCCGGCCAAGUGGCCUUCUCCUCUCCCUUGCAGGAGUAUAAACAUGUGCCGGCGUAGACCAGAGGACUCGGGUGGAGGGGUAGAGGCAAGAGUCUGUAACAGAAGGACCGAAGUGACGGAGUUCUGCCCUGGACAGCAACGGACUGAUUGUACAGUUGUGCGAUUAGAGCUUUUACUCUGCUUUUCAACACGCCAAAUCUCGGCCUUUCUUGUCCUCCCCUUUGCCCGGCCCUCGGCAAAAGCCUGCCUACCACUUAAGACCGGACCAGGGUGUCUAUCUUUUGUAGACUUUCUUUUCGGCACCGCUCCCAUUGAAGUCCUUAAAACAAUAAAAGAAGCGUUUCGCGUCUACGGAAGAGACGGCUGUCUUUUGUCUUCUCCACUCUACUCCAAUCUGCCAUCCUCAGUAAAGAGGCGUUUUUCCAUGUCACUUCACUCCCCACUCAUAGCUUAUCCUCUCGGUUAUUCAAUCUCUGAGGGUGAUUUCUUGUCAAACCCACUCACCAUUCAUUCAUUUCCCUCCUGUCGGCCUACUUUGCCCUAUUUUGCGAUUCUUCUGCUAAUCUGGCCUAAUCGAACCCUGUAG